AUGUCUGUCAGUUCAAAGACCAGUCACUAUGAUCCCUUUCGCGGCGAGUCCAGUCGCGAGAUUGCUCUGGAAUGUGUCGUGGCGACGUUCAUCGCCAUCGCAUGGUGUAAUUCUAUCGAACUUGUCGUCCUGUGUUUCACAACCUUUAAACGAUAUGCGGGAUGCUAUUUUUGGAGCCUGAUCAUAGCCUCUGUCAGCAUCAUUCCCUUUGCACUGGGCUAUGCGCUGCUCAUUUUUAAAAUCUUCCCCAGUUAUUUCUCGGUCGCACUCGAGGUUGUAGGCUGGUGGGGCAUGGUCACCGGCCAAUCCAUGGUCCUCUGGUCUCGCCUGCAUCUCGUCGUCCACAGUCGCAAGAUACUGAGAUGGACACUGAUCAUGAUCAUCGUGGACGCCAUUCUGUUUCAUGUCCCGGCAUCGGUCCUUGAGUUCGGCGCUCAUUCCAACCACCAAGACCAGUUCAAUCCGGCCUUUGAUAUCUUCGAACGGAUUCAACUAGUGGCCUUCUCGGUGCAAGAGAUCGUCCUAUCGGUCAUUUAUGCGUGGGCCGCAGUCGAAAUGCUGAAACUUCUGCCCCGGGGCCAUUAUAAAGGCAUCCUGAUCCAUCUCCUGGUUAUCAAUUUCGUUAUGAUUAGUAUGGACGCGGUGGUAGUGGGCAUGCAAUAUGCCGGCUUCUUUCGCCUCCACGUAUCCCUGAAAGCGAUGUUUUACAGUGUGAAGCUGAAGAUGGAGUAUGCCAUCCUGGGAAAUUUGGUUCAUGUCGCCGCCGUUCCGGUGCAUCCUUUAUCAAGCUACACUCCGACCGACAGAGCCAGUUCUGUGUCGCACAUAUGA